AAACAUCACGAGUGGCUGCUUCAGCUGUGUGUGUUACAAAUACUGCACAUGGUAUUUUUAGUAGCUGCUUGUAGCGACGGACAUCACCGGGCCCCAUACUCUGAACUUUUUGGAAUUCUUUGUUUACAAGUUAAAGCACAACUUUACUUUCAUUUCUGCAAGUUGUAAAACAAUUACAACUUUGAAGUCAGCGUUCAAGGCUGUACACGAGCGUUAUAUACGGUUAUAUAGCGAGUUUGAGGACUUUGACAAACAGUUGUAACUUGUCCCACUCCGCCUGCAGCAGCCACGCAGAAGCUAUCAUGUCGACCGGCUCAAAUGAAGUUAAAAGCUGCCCCAUCCCCACCAGGGUGCUCACCCUGAAGGACUGGUCCCAGCUACCCGACAUUUACAGCCAGACACCCGGGGGCACCCUGUUCUCCACCACGCCUGGAGGUACACGCAUCAUCUACGACAGGAAGUUCUUAAUGGAUUGUCGAAACUCUCCUAUCGCCCGGACCCCCCCAUGCUGUCUGCCCCAGAUCCCCGGGGUAACAGUACCUGCUUCACACCCCAUGGGGAAACUGCAGGAUCUCAAAGAGGAGGAAGAGGAAGAGAAAGACAUUGCAGAUGACAACCAGUUUGAGAUGGACAUCUGAGCUCCAUUAUUACCUCCUGUGGAGAGUUAUUUGUUAAAACACCUCCAAGGUCAUUAAAUGACUGUCAUGCAUUACAUAUAAAGCUUUUUUUCACCUUUUUUUUUUAAGCGCUUUUGUGAGGAACCAAAAAGAAAAGUUCAACUAUAGCAGUGGUUCCCAACCUGGGGGGAAGAUCGCAGGGGGGGCGCCAGGCCUCAGAUGAUUUGAGGCCAAAUAUCAUAUUUAGACUUUAUUUUUGAAAAAAAAAAUUGUUUUACAUAUAAUUGUAACUCAAUACAUGAUUGUCACUAAAAGCCUUGUCUCUUCAUUACAAUACAAUAUAAAAAAUAAUUGAUUAAUUCAUUUGAAUAAAAAUUCAAGUUAGUAGCUAUUAAAGGCAUAAAAAUACGAAAAUGUAUAAUUUUUUCUUUGAUAGAAAUGUUCACAUUCAUCCAGUUUGUGACAGUAGUUGUAGCAUUUUUGAUGCUACAACUACAGCCCCCCCCCACCACUGAACUAUAGGGUGUUUUGAACCCUAAAAAAAGCAAAGAAAUGCUAUUUAACGGGAUGAUUGGUUGCUCACUCACCUCAGAGCUGCAGCAGGAUUGAAUACAAUUCAUUUUGAUUUCACUUUUUUAAAAUCUUUUGUAAAUAACAUUGUAGCCUAUUUUUUAAGUUGGGGGAAUAUGAGAUGAUUACAUUAAGAGAUGUAGAGUUUUUCACUGCAGGCAUCAGUUGUUUUGUUGUAUUUCUCCCAAACGGAUGGCUUACUUUCUUUGUGAUGGGCAAGCAAGUGUCUCCUAAUAUCGGGGGGUCAGGGCCUACUGAAAAUCAGCUCUACUCUGUAUUGUACAGAGGAAAAGCUGAAAUGUGAAUAAUUUCAAAUAAAGGCUAUUCAGACCUGUCAAACUGCUUGUGUGGGUUAUUUUUAUUAAACGUAUAUUGUCCUGUGAAUCUAUUAUGUAAACUGAAUAAAAUGUUUUUAUUAUGCAAC